CUGCCAAGCCUCCCAAGCACCUGGACGAGCUCGAACAGCACCACGAGCAGCAGCAGCACCACCACCAUCACCGCGACGAUCACCACCACCACCACCUCCACCAGCAACAGCACCAGCAGCAGGAACAGCCGGCGCACAAACAGCAGCACCCUCAGCAGCAACAAUACCACCAUGAUCACGAGCAGCAGCAGCAACACGAUGCCGCCACCACGCACAGCACGGCGUUGAGUGCGCAGCUUCAAACUAUCAGUGACGGUGCAGCGGUGGGAGCGGCGCUGGCAAACGGGGCCAAGGCAGAAAGCCAGCAGCAGCAGGGCAAGCAGCGGCCCCAGCGGAUGCGCAGCAGCAGCGCCGAUGGCGUGGCCCCUGAUGCCCAUGCCGGGCGGCUCCUCACCGGCAACGGCCAGGCUGCGGCGAACGGGCCCAUGAGCAAGGCGGCCGACGGCCGGGGCAAGCGCACUGCGGCAGCGGGGGGGCGGCGGUCGCUCGACACGCUUGCGGGCUCCUGCGUCGCGGUCGGCACCAAUGGCACGCCCAGCCACCACGGCCAGGACGGCGGCGGCAAGGGGGCUGCACCGGCGCCAGCGGGCGCGGACGCGCAGCCGGGCACGCCCGCGGCGGCGUCCGAUAGCAGCCGCUCCGCCGAGGGCGGUGGCGGCGGCGACGAGGCCCUCCGGCGCGCGUGGGAGGCGCUGCUCGAGUCGGCCGCCAAGUGCCUGGACGAGGCCGCGCAGCCGACGGUGCUGCGGGAGGUCGAGAGGAUGCUGCCGCGCGCCGCGGCCGCCGGCAUCAGCGUCAAAUACGGCCGCAAGGUCCUGCAGCGGCUGCAGUCCGUCGAGCCCGCGCGUGCCGCGCUGCGCGCGGCGCUGAGCGCACCGCCUGCCGCGCCGGCGGCGCUGCGGCUCGCGGGGGUGGAGGCGGCGCUGGCCGGCUGCAAGAGCGUGCGGUGCCUGCUAGAUGAGCGCCUGCUGGCGGCGGCGGAGGCGGCCGCCGAGCGGCUGCGGCGCGAGGGGGCUGAGGCGCAGGAGGCGGUGGGCAGCGCAACAGCUGCGGCGGCGAACUUCGAGGCGGUGGCUGUGGAUAAGCCUGCAUCGGAUGAGCAGCCGCAGGUUGCAGCACAGCUGCAGGCUCUGCAGCAGCAGCAGCAGCAGCAGCAGCCUGACGUGCACGACAGGCAGCAGCAAUCAACUCCGCCGCUGCGCAACCGGCACCGGCACAAGCCAGGACAGGUUGAUCAGCAUCAUAUCGGGGCCGGGGCUGCGCCGGGGCAGCCGCACCACCAGCACCAGCUGCAGCACCAGCAGCGGUCACGCGUGAAGCAGCCAGGCGCGCCGAUGCAGCACGCGGCCCCUGCACACAUGCAGCUGGCUGCGCAGCAGCAGCAUCCCCACCACCCGCAGCAGCUAUCAGCGCACUUCCUGCAGCAAUCGCAGCAGCACCAGGCCGCGCUGCAGCAGCAGCAUCUGCAGCACCACCACCACCUGCAGCAGCACCAGCAGCAGCACGCGCAGCAGCAACAGCCGCAGGCGCCGCCGCAUACGCAGGGGCUACCUGCCGGUCUGACGCCCAUGCAUACGCAAGCGCUUAUGCAGCACCAGCAGCAGCAGCAGCACCAGCAGCACCUUCUGGCGUCCCCGCUGCUGCAGCAGUUGCAGGCGCAGGCAAUGCGCCAGCCCAGCCCCAUGCUGGCGCAGCAGGUCGCCGCAGCCGCCGCCGCGGCGGCUGCGGCAGCGCAGGCGUCGCCCGCGGCGCGCAGCUUGAUGCACUCCCUUUACCACCCGGGCCAGGCAGGGCAGGGCGCGAUGCCCCCGCAGCAGCCGCAGCAGCCGGGGCCCGGUGGGCCGCUGCCUUUCAUGUAUGACGGCCGCGGGCCCGGGGCGCCGCCGGGGGUCGCGUUCUGGGGCGGCGGCGCGGGCGGGCUGGGCGGCUUGGUCCCGGCCGCCGUCACAAGCAACGGGAUGCCGACCGGCGCAGGCUCGCUCGGCGCGAUGGGCUCGGGCCUGCACGCGUCCCCGCUGAUGCGGGUGCUGCAGCAGCAGGAUGCGCCGCCGCUGGUGGGCCCCGCGUACCCGCAGCAGCACCAGGGCGGCCCACCGCGAAGCGGAAGGGGGCCGCCGGCGGUCGCGAGCAGCUGCGGGGUUAUGCUUGACGACCGGGACCUGCACCCAGCCUACGCAAUGGCCCAUGCUGUUUUGGACGACCUGGAAUAA